GCUGAAGCGGCGAGCUUCACCUUCAUCGAGCUCUUUGCAGGCGUUGGAGGUUUCCGGCACGGGUUGGAACCCCUUGGUGGCCAAUGUGUCUUCGCAUCAGAAAUCGAUGUGGAUUGCCAAGAAGCCUAUGCAGCAAAUUUCGGGUCAAAUGAGCUGUUCGGCGACAUCACAAUGAUACCUUCCGAGGACUUGCCCAGGCAUGACCUUUUGACAGCAGGUUUCCCCUGUCAGCCAUUCAGUCGUCGCGGCGAGCGGCGUGGAUUCGAAGAUGCACGUGGGGAGCUUUUUUUCGAGUUCCUUGACCAGACCGGACCAAACCCGACAGUCGCACUAAAGCCCUAA